GCGCAAUCCAGCCGGCCAGUGUGGCGGAACUUUGGGACCCAUCGGGUAGCAGCUAACGACGACACGGGGGGCGAAAGUCAAACCUGGGCUUUGGCUUAGGCGUGAAGAAAGCGUGGGAAACAUGGUCGCGCGCGAUCAUCAGCAAACAACGAGGGCGCGGGUGGGCCGUCUCCUUUCGCAGCUCUUCUUGCGAAGCCGCCAUCGUCCCACUCGCCCGAAAUCGAUGGGACGCUCAGCACCGCCCAAGUCCGUCGCCCGCGUGUAUGCGGACGUGAACCAGCGGCUGGGCCCGUCAUGGCACGAAUAUGACAACCUCCAGGUCCAGUGGGGACUGCAGGAUCACUACGAGAUCGUCCGCAAGGUCGGAAGGGGAAAGUACUCUGAGGUCUUCGAGGGCAUAAACAUCGUGACCGAGGAGAAGUGUAUCAUCAAGGUCCUCAAGCCGGUCAAGAAGAAGAAGAUCAAGCGCGAAAUCAAGAUCUUGCAAAACCUUGCUGGCGGCCCGAACAUCGUCGCGCUGCUCGAUGUUGUGCGCGAUCAGACGUCGAAGAUCCCGAGCCUGAUCACGGAGUACGUGCACAACGUGGACUUCAAGGUCCUCUACCCCCGCUUCACCGACUACGACGUGCGCUUCUAUAUGCUCGAGCUGCUCAAGGCGCUCGACUUCUGCCACUCGAAGGGCAUCAUGCAUAGAGAUGUCAAGCCGCACAAUGUCAUGAUAGACCACGAACGCCGAAAGCUCCGCCUCAUCGACUGGGGUCUAGCCGAGUUCUACCACCCGAAAACGGAGUACAAUGUCCGCGUAGCAUCGCGCUACUUCAAGGGCCCCGAGCUGCUCGUCGACUUCCAGGAAUACGACUACAGCCUUGACAUGUGGAGUUAUGGAUGCAUGUUUGCCUCCAUGAUCUUCCGCAAGGAGCCGUUCUUCCAUGGGCACGAUAACUACGACCAGCUGGUGAAGAUUACCAAGGUUCUCGGCACGGAGGAGUUCUACGCGUACAUUGACAAGUACAACAUCCGCCUCGACUCGCAGUUUGAUGAGCUGCUCGGCCGCUAUCCUCGUAAACCGUGGACGCGCUUCAUCACGUCGGAAAACCAACGCUAUAUCUCCAAUGAAGCGAUUGACCUGCUUGACAAGCUGCUGCGUUACGACCACCAGGAGCGCCUAACAGCCCGCGAGGCGCAAGGGCAGCCCUACUUCGAUCCCGUACGGAAUGCAACUCCAGCCGACGGUGUCGAGUCGGACUCUGUGUCCUCGGGUUGAAAGCGCGCCCUCUGGCUGAAACGAGGGUACCAUCGCCUAGCCCGGUGCGCGUGUGUGAAAGUGGUCCUUUGCUAUACCGGCAGCGCUAGCUGGACUUGACGGUCACCCCCGUCCUACGCUGCCUCUUGUUGUGAUUGCCGUCGUGUGCUGAGUUGGGUGACCAUAUAGUCGUGCUGUCUUUGUACUCGUAGAGCUGUCUUUCUGAUGUAUGUAUAAUUUUUUAGCGAACACCAAGCUUUCUGAGCACA